AGACCUAUAUUUGAGUUAUUACAGUGUGGUCUACAGUUUCCUUACUCUCCAUAAAACAGUGGGUGCAACCAUCUCAGGCAAAAUGCCGCACAUCAAAUGCAACCAAAUCGAAAAAGUACUCGACGAGUAUAUAAGUAACGGUAAAAAAUUGGCUCUACUUUUGGAUUACGAUGGUACAUUGACACCGCUAGUUGCCCACCCAGACUUGGCUGUCAUACCCAACGAAACCAAGGAGAUAUUGAAUAGGAUUUCCAAGUACGACGGGCUAUUUUUGGCUGUUAUUUCCGGGCGUGGACUCAGCAAAGUAAAGGAACUUGUGGGCAUAAAUGGAAUCCACUACGCAGGAAACCACGGCUUCGAAAUUCUGUCCCCCGAUGGCUCCUUAUACAUCCACCAAAUCCAUGAGGAACUGCAGAAAAAGCUCAGAGAAAUGGUGGACGAGCUCAGCAAAAACGCCUCCGACAACGGCGCCUGGGUGGAAGACAAAACCUACUCAAUCACUUACCAUUACAGAGCCGUACCGGACCAAAUGAAGAAGGAGUACCAGGAAAAAGCGUUGAAGAUCAUGAAUAAAUCUGGGUUUAGGAUCAAUCAAGCUCAUAUGGCCAUAGAGGCCAAACCUCCCAUAAACUGGAAUAAAGGUACAGCGUCGGUUAUGAUUUUAGAGAAGCAUUUUUCGAAAAAUUGGAUGAAUGAGACCAAGGUUAUUUUCAUUGGGGAUGAUACCACAGACGAAGAUGCAAUGGAGGCAUUAAAAGGAAAUUCAUGUACCUUUAGAAUAUCUCAAGAUGAAAAUGUUUCGACUCAUUCCACUCACGUCCUAAAGUCGUUGGAUUGUGUGCUGGAUAUUUUAAAGUGGAUUGAUAAAUAUUAUUCCAAGUAAUAAUUUUAUCAGUAAAAACUAGAUAAUUGCAUUUUUAUGUUAGUUAUAAUUUAAUUUAUUAACGAAGUUUUGUAUCUAAAAAUAAAAUACACUAAAACCAA